AUGCUGCACAAAGAGCUUUUGGAGAACCCAGUUUAUGGAGAAAUGCUCACGCGGGGCCUCAUAACCGGCGAAUGCACUUGUUACAGGUGAAUCUGGCAUCAAAAAUGGGUUUUCAAUUCCGAAAAGCUUCAAGAAUCACCUGGUCAAAAGAGUUCUUCUAUGCCUCCUCCGUCGGCUUGAUAGUCAUUAACCUCGUCAUUGUUAUCUUGUUCUUCACCUGGUCUGAUGUCAUUUUCGGCGGCACAUACGGUUUGAAUCCAGAUAAAAUUGAGAAUUUCUUGUUACCUUUCAGGCCCCAUACUCCCAACGCCACAAAAAGAAUCUAAGGUGCAAGCUAAAAAGGAAUAA